AUGGCUACAAGAACCUCUCUUACACUCUUCCUUGCUCUCAACCUCCUCUUUUUCACUUACACAUCUGCCACAUGUCAUAAGUGCAUCCCCAAGCCAACGACCCCCACGACCCCGACGACCCCAACGACCCCAACGACCCCGACGACCCCGACGACCCCGACGACCCCAACGACCCCGACGACCCCGACUACCCCUACGACCCCAACAACCCCGACUCCUCCAAGCACAGGUUCUUGUCCUAGAGAUGCCUUACAGAUCGGUGUUUGCGCCAAUGUGCUUAAGCUAGUGGACCUAACAUUGGGAAACCCACCCGUAAAGCCAUGUUGCUCGCUUAUCCAAGGCUUGGUCGACCUUGAGGCUGCGGCCUGUCUCUGUACCGCACUCAAGGCUAACAUUCUUGGCAUCAACCUCAACCUUCCCAUCAAUCUCAGCGUACUCCUCAAUGUUUGUAGUAGAAAAGCUCCCAAGAAUUUCCAAUGCGCAUAA